AAAUUGAUGAUUUGGAUGCUGGAUUACAGUAUUGUAGGAUUCUUUUUCUCAGUGCAAAAAUUGUGUGUGUGUGUUUUUUUUUUUUUCCUCUUAUGCUCUAGCUUUUUAUAUGUUCAGGAUUGGUUGGAUAUCGAUUUUGGGAUUCAAGAGGGCGUCGAUUUUAUUGCCAUAUCAUUUGUCAAGUCUGCUGAAGUGAUUAAUCAUCUUAAAAGCUAUAUUGCAGCACGAGCUCGUGAUAGUGAUAUUUCUGUCAUUGCAAAGAUAGAGAGUAUUGACUCAUUGAAGAACUUGGAAGAGAUCAUUCGAGCAUCAGAUGGAGCUAUGGUAGCAAGAGGAGAUCUGGGUGCUCAGAUACCAUUGGAACAGGUCCCCUCUGCGCAGCAAAAGAUUGUUCAACUCUGCAGGCAGCUAAAUAAGCCAGUCAUUGUCGCCUCUCAGCUACUUGAAUCCAUGAUUGAAUACCCUACACCCACCAGAGCUGAAGUGGCUGAUGUUUCUGAAGCAGUUAGGCAGCGAGCAGAUGCUUUGAUGCUAUCUGGUGAGUCAGCCAUGGGCCAGUUCCCGGAGAAGGCAUUGACUGUUCUGAGAAGUGUCAGUCUGAGAAUUGAGAGGUGGUGGAGGGAGGAGAAACGCCAUGAAGCUAUGGAACUCCGUGACAUUGGAUCUUCCUUUUCCGACAAUAUUUCAGAAGAGAUUUGUAGUUCUGCUGCCAAGAUGGCUAAUAAUUUGGAGGUGGAUGCACUUUUUGUCUACACAAAGACAGGGCACAUGGCAUCUCUCCUCUCACGUUGCCGACCCGACUGCCCGAUCUUUGCUUUUACUACCACCACAUCUGUGCGGAGGCGUCUGAACCUACAGUGGGGCCUGAUACCUUUUCGCCUGAGCUUCUCGGAUGAUAUGGAAAGCAACCUUAAUAAAACAUUCGCAUUGCUCAAGGCCAGAAAUUUAAUUAAAUCAGGUGACCUUGUCAUUGCUGUCUCAGACAUGUUACAGUCUAUUCAAGUUAUGAAUGUUCCUUGAAGAAUUCAUUUAGUUUGCAAGCGUUGAUCCAUAUAUGUUAGAUGGUAUUAUCUGUCUAAACUGCUAUAUCCUUCACUAAUGGUUCCACAAUUUGGUUAGCCGUUGGAAGAAAAAGAGUAAUCAUGAAUUCAGUCCUCUCCUCCCUCGACCUCCGCUUGGAUCCCUUUGUCAGUGGCUGCAACUGUAGGUUCAAUAGAAUUGUUUAUGCUACUUGAGCUUUUCUGGUCUUAUGCGUGUGAUCACACUUCAUAGCACCCUAUGAUAACUUUGUUUAGGUUAUUUGUUACAAAAUUCACCCUUGUAUGGCAGAGUUAAAGCCACUAUGCCUUUCCUUUUUUCCUUUUCUGUUUGUGUAAACAUUGCCGUGUUUUUUUAUUGCGUUCUUAGGCUUUGUUUGUUAAAUUA